GAAAAAGGAAAAAUAUUAAAUAUUUUUUCUAAAAAAGUUUUUGGUCUUUAUGUAACGUUAGAAUCUAAUUUCCAUUUCAUCCCACCUAUCUACUGUCAUGCACGUGUUGAGAUGGGAGUGCCCUUGGAAAGGAGUACCCCACUCCAAUUUUGAGUAUAUAAGAAUUAACAAGUGCCCACCUCACUCAUGUGUGUUGGGAAAAACCAUAAUAUUUUUCUUUUUUUUCAGGGUGAAGUUUCCCACUCGAUACUUAACAGGAAUCAAAUUGAUUUGAUAAGGUGAGGUGAGAGUGAAUGAGAUGGGGAGGAGGAGGAGAGUUGAAUCAGAUUCCAAAUCCCAGACCCUCCCUUCAUCGCCAUCCCACUCCUUUUCUUCUUCUUCUUCCUCGGAUUUCGAAUUCACAGUCUCUCAAUCCCCUCUCAAAUCUUCUUCCAACCAUCUCUGCCCGGCCGACGAGUUGUUCUACAAGGGUCAGUUGUUGCCGCUCCACCUCUCCCCCCGCCUCUCCAUGGUCCGUACUCUUCUCCUUGCUUCUUCCAGCACUGCCUCUUCCUCCUCCGACACCACCACCACCGCCUCCCGUGACUCCACCGGGAGUUCAACCGAAUCCACCUCCUCUUUCGCCAGCGACCUCGUCUUGCUCCCCGACUGCGACUCCUCUCGCCCCAGUUCCGUGGCAGAGGACGAUGACUUCAAGCGGCUUAGUGCACAUGGUUUUCUGACACAGGCUGCUCAUGGGGGUGGCUACCAACAGAUCAAGAAGAGCAAGUAUUUCUCUUUCUCCAGGCUUUCUUCUGUGUUUCGGAAGGAUUCCAAGGGCCGUGAAUCGGAUAACGUGUCGGGGUCGUCGGUGAAGCGGAUGAGCUCGUCGGCGAGGGAGGUGAUUAGGAAAUAUUUGAAGAAGGUGAAGCCGCUAUACGAGAAACUAUCGCAGAAACAGCAGUGCCAGCAGCAGAAAAUGGGAACAGAUACAACCGCAGCCGCCACUUUGUCCAUGAAAUCCGAGAGAUCUAUAAAGGACGUCACGGGAAUAUCGGUUCAGAAUUCAGGAAACGACAGCCGUGGUGGUGGAUUUUCUCAUUCCUUCUCCGGCAAUUUGAGAUACCCAAGAAGGAGAAGAUGCGUUUCGAGCUGUCCGUCGUCGAUGCGGUCGUCCCCGAGCCACUCCGGUGUCCUCUGUCGGAACAUGUACGCCAGUACGGGCAGAACCGGAGGCAUAAGUCACAUGGACUCGACAAUGGAGGAGUUGCAGAGUGCAAUUCAAGGAGCAAUAGCCCAUUGCAAGAACUCCAUGGGUCCAAGCAAAUCCAUGGUCAGCAACGAGAUUUGAGAAGCCAUGGAAGCUGCCAUUGGCGGAGCUGUCUUCGUAAAUUUCAUCAAACGGGACACGAAAAUAACUAUAAAAAAAAAAAAGCAUCUCCGGCAAUGCGAAUUGAAAUCGUACGUUGAUCCCUUCAAUUUUCGAAUGUCUCUAUCUGUUUGUUUUAAUGUCUCAGUCACUGAAAUGCAAUAACUUUGGUCAUCUCUGAGACCGCUAAAAGCUGCAAAUAUUUGAAUCAAUGUUUUUAUGGAAUACCCAUUUUGGAUCUC